CCGUCAUGCGCAGGGGUUUGAGACGGGAAGCGCGUGAGAUCUCGCGAUACUCGCAGCGGAGCACGAGCAGUACGGACUGAGUGUGAUGUUCCACUGAAAGCUGCUUAGUCGAGCGUUUGACGCUUCCUUGAGCGGCGCGAGCUAUCGAAUCCGAAUUAUCAGCAUGAAUUGUAAGUAACCGCAUCCUGUUGUACGAAAAUGUCAGUAAUGGAGGUGAAUUCGGGCUGUCCGUCACCUAAAGAAGAGGGUGAGCUGGAGGACGGGGAAAUCUUCGACGACGAGCCGCAGAGGCAGCGGCAGAACGCGCGGCCUCCGCGACGCGCCCGCCCCAGCCGACCCAUGAUGAACAAGAGAGCGCGUUUACCGGGACCCAUGCUCAACAACAGCGCCCCGGUGCCGCUGAGGGCCGUUCACCCGCCCUUCCCCUCCGGCCUCCGGCAGGCGUUCGACUCCGCGCCGCGCUCCGGCUUCUGGGAGCGCAGUCACGGCGCGCUGGGCCGCUUCAGAUAUCGCGCUAACAGAGCGUCGGACUGGACGCGAGACUGGACGGAGCGAUUCGCCGAGAAUCACAUAUUAAAAACACACACCCCAAUAAUGAAACGAAACCAUACACACUGCAAACGCACUACAGUAAAAACACAGAAGCGCCUCUCAGAGAAAGCAGGCAGCAGAUGUCAGACGCGGAGGGUGGUGACCAGCGUCCCUAAAGCCGAGACCAUGGACGAGAGCUUCGAGGAUCUGCUGCUGAAGUACAAACAGAUCCAGCUGGAGCUGGAAUGCAUCCGGAAGGAGGAGCGGAUGGCCCUGAAAGAGGAGGACGAGCCUGCUGCUGACCCGGUCCCGCCGCCCGAGGCGCCCGAGGAGCCCGUCUCUGCUGUGAAGGAGGAGAAGAAAGUGUUCCAGGCGUUCAACAUCAGACCGCUCAGACAGAAGCUGCUGACGCCCACCGAUCGAGACGCUCUCAACAGUAGAGCCGCACAGGAAGUGCCGAGACCAGACGGGGACGGAGGGGAGAAGGACGGCAAUCAAGAUGACGCUGUAAAUGACGAGGAGUCCGAGCCAGACCUCAACAUCUCUGCAGUGAGUGACGAGACUCCAGUCGUCCGCAAGAAGGAGGACGAGGACGACCUGUCGGAGCUGCAGCUGCGUCUCCUGGCUCUGCAGUCGGCCAGCAGGAAGUGGCAGCAGAAGGAGCAGCAGGUGCUGAAGGAGAGCAAGGAGAAGAUCACCAAAGCUGUUAAAGUGCCUCAGGACAAGAGCGAGUCUGCGUGCGACAGGAACAAGAUGAGCGCAAACAGAGGAAACGCUGUGUGCAGGCUGCAGGAGAGAGCGAGACCUGCCAAACCUGUCCCGGACAAGAGCAGGGCGAGGAAACCGGCCCACCUGACCAAGCAGGCGUGGAGGAAACAGCAGCUGCGCACGUGGAAACUGCAGCAGCAGAGACAGCAAGAGGAGCAGAGGAACAAGCAGGAGGAAGAGGAGGAGAGGAGGAAGAGAGAGGACGAGAUUCGGAAGAUCAGAGACCUGUCCAAUCAGGACGAGCAGUACAACCGCUUCAUGAAGCUGGUGGGCUCCAAACAUCGCUCCCGCAGCAAGUCUUCGGAUGCUGAUCAGAGGAAACUGGUCAAGCAGAGUCUGGACACGUCGGGGAAUCUCUACCAGUACGAUAACUACGACGAGGUGGCUAUGGACACGGACAGCGAAACCAACUCGCCAGCCACGUCACCGACACACGACGCGCUGCCUGUGUUUCCUCUGGAAUCCACACCUCUCAGACAGUGGAAAUGUCAUCCUGUGCUCAUGUGUCAGGGUGUGGGGCAGCACCACCUGCAGCAGAUGGAGUUUGUGCGGUCGACUCCUCCUCCUCCUCUGCCUCCGCUGCCGCCCCCCGAUGAAGCAGAGCAGCCGCCGAAGCCGCCGUUUGCUGACGAGGAAGAGGAAGAGGAGAUGCUGCUGAGAGAAGAGCUGCUCAAGUCCUUGGCCAGCAAGCGAGCUGUUAAAGCGGAGGACGCGUCCAGCAGCAGCGGACCACCCUCUCCCGCUCUCAGACCCGCGGCUCAGCCCAACACCAGGAGCAACCUCACAGCCGUCAGUCUCAACACCGUCAUCUCUCAUGCACGUGCACUCAAGUACAUACGGGGACAACCUGCCCCCAAAGCCCCGUUUGUGCUGCCGCGACACAAGACUGUGGUGGUGCGUCUGAACGCGUCUGACGACAGCGACUCUGACGGCGAGAGCUGCAGCCCGGCUCAGAGUGUGUUUGGAGGACUGGAGUCCAUGAUUAAAGAAGCUCGGAGGACAGUAGAGGCAGCCAAACCGAAGCAUUCAGUGUCAGAGAAGGAGAACAACCCAGUGAAGAGCGCAGAAGCACUUCCUGAUGCCAAGAAAAUGGAAUAUCGCCUGCUCCGAGACGACAUGGCCAGUCUGGAGAAGCAGAGAUCAGGCCGGCUGGAGUUGGUGGUGGGCGUCCCGUCUCCCGCGGGCUCGGACUCUGACCUGGACGUCCUGGGAAGAGCAGCAGAUCUGCAGGAGAAGUUGAAUCAGCACAAAACGCAGCUGUGUAAAGACGAGGCUCUGCUAAAGCAGCUCCUGCAACAGGAAAUGAAAAAAAAAGAGUCUCUGAAAGCGGCCGAGGGGAAGGUGAGCCGACUCAAAGAGCAGCUGCUGGCGUCAGAGAAGAUUGUGAGCGCCAACAGAGUGCUGCUGAAGAAGCUGCAGGAGCAGGUUCAGAGAGUUCAGCACCGCGUGAGCGUGAAGAAGCAGCAGUCGGUGAAGCUGGAGAGGGAUCUGGUUCAGGCGCAGGCCGCUGCAGCUCCUGCUGCGCUCAAACGCAACGCAUCUGCUGCCAUCUACUCCCCGGUGAAGGUGCGGCGCGUGGAUCGCCCAGAUGUGCAUUACGCAGAGCUCAUUGCGCAGAAGAUGCGCCUGCAGCAGCUGGAGACCGAGUACGCCCUCAAGAUUCAGAAACUCAAAGAAGCCCAGGCCUUACGGCAAGCUGAGCCGCGGCCCGCUGCCCCACAAAUGCCCAGCACGCUCUACCCAUUACCACAGCCCUCGCUUCAUGACCUGACCCAGGACAAGCUCGCCCUGUCCAGUGAGGACGUGGAGGGCGAGGAGGACGAGCAGCAGCAGCAGAUGCCAGCAUCAGUGACGCCCAGUAACCGCCGGCGGUCGUUCCGAGAGUCGGGCUCCUUCACCAAACCCAAACUGUGCCACCUGGAGACGCCCGCUGCUUCACCCAUGCCCGUCAAGCAGGCCAAAGCGUCGUCCUGCAGCGCAGCCGGUCUGCCAGAGCUGCUGCUGGGGCUGAACGCGGAGGACCUGCGGCAGCGCUACCAGCUGUGUGCCGGGCUCCCUGAGCUCCUGCAGGAGGAGACGCGCUCACUCAGCAGGACUCCCGGGAAGGUCGUGCAGGUGGACUUUGAUCCAAUGGCAGCUCAUCAGAGCCGAGUGGAGACAAAACCAGAAGCGUUUGGACCAUAUCACAGUCCUUUACUAGUCUUCAAAUCAUACAGGUUCAGCCCGUAUUACCGGACCAAAGAGAAGCUUUCACUCCGCUCCGUCACCUACAGCAACCUCAUCGAGCCAAAGAAGCGUUUCUGUCGCUUUGAUCUGACCGGCACGUGUAACGAUGACGACUGCUCAUGGCAGCACAUGAGGGACUGCACCCUCACAGAGGGCCAGCUGUUUCAGGACAUCCUGUCCUACAGCCUGCCUCUGAUUGGCUGCGCGGACACCAGCAGCACUGGUGACAUCAGCAGUGCCACAGAGAAAUAUAUGAAGAAGCUGUUUGGGCCCAAUAAGGACCGGAUGGGGACGGACCAGAAGGCCGUUCUGCUUGUGAGCAAAGUCAACGAGAGAUUGAAACACAUUCCUCCCUUCACCACACACAAAUCCCAGAGGAAGUGGAGACCUGAAGCGCAGAAAGUGAAAACGCACGUUCAGGAAGAUGAAGAGCUCCACCCGGUGGACGUGACUGUUCCCGUCUGUCACAACGGGCGCGUCCAGGAGCGCUGGUCGUCGGCCGAUGUCUGCGUCACGCAGGACGAUAAGAGGUACUUCGACAGCGAGACGGAUGACAUCAGUAACCUGGAGACCAGUGUGCUGGAGAGUCCCCACGACGUGCAGCUGUGGAUCAAACUGGCCUUCAAAUACCUCAACCAGAGAGACACGUGAUCGGUGGCAGAGUGUCUGGACGCGGCGCUGAACACGCUGUCCCGUGCGCUGGAGGACAACCGCGAGGACGCUGAGGUGUGGUGUCACUAUAUCACACUCUUCUCUCGGCCUGCCAGCAAACAGAGAAGAUUCACAAGAUAUGUGAGAUAUCUCUGCGUCUGAGCAGCUGAAGAGCUGUGGUUUUUGUCUGUCUUUCAGUACAUGAGCGUUGAGAGUGGUUUCGAGGGUAAGGAUUACGUGUGUGGUCGUCUGAUUUCACACCUGCUGGAGGCGUCACAUGACGUCAGACCGGAUGUGCAGUCGUUCCAGCUGCUGGAGUCAGUGCUGUUCAGAGUUCAGCUCAGUGUGUUCACCGGCCGUCAGCACAACGCUCUCAGCAUUCUCAAGAGUGCGCUGCACUCGGGCUCUGAACCGAGCGUUGCGGAUCAUCUGACUGUGGCGGACCGUUGUCUGAUGUGGCUGUCUUAUAUCCACCUGACUGAGUUCAGACGUCUACCGGCGUGUCUGUACGACCCCGCCAACUCCAACCCGUCCAGAAUCACCUGCACAGAUCCCUUCCUCAUUCCCUGGAGAACCGCCCAAGAUCUCCGUACACCCGCUGACGACAUCAUCAGCCUCUUCAGAGAUGCUGUGUGUAGCUGCUCGGAUGAGCGUUUGUCUUCCAGUGAGCAGAUUCAGGCCUGUUUCCCUCUGCACUCAAACCUCAUUCAUCUGUACAGGGCGCUGGACAGAUGUCCAGAAGCUCUUGCGCUGUGUGAGAGUCUGCUGGCUGUGUCCCCGCUGUACUGCCCUCUGCUGGAGGUCACCGCUGAGCUGCACAUGUCCUCGGGACACACAGAUAAAGCUGAGGAGCUGUGGAGACGCGCUCAUUCUGACAGCCCCAGCAGCACUCGUGUCUUCCACCAGCUCUGCAAGUGUUUGCUCGCUCAGGGGAACGUCAGUGUUAUGGAAGAGCUCUUUGACAAGUUCAUGCACUCUUUCUGUGAAUCUGUGCAAGAUCAGCUCAAGUCGCUGGAUGUGUUACGCCAUAUUCUUGGUGUUCCCACUCAAGACUUGCUGAGAGUCCCAGCUCUCAAAGAUGAUGUUCAGGAUGAGAUCCGAGCUCAGCUGCCGUACCUGCAUCUCCUGCACUGUUUCUGGCAGUCUACCUAUGGUGUUGUGAGAGAGGCCAUUGAUGCAUUUGAGAAAGCCUUGGGAACGGUUACAAAGUUGGACUUAAUUCACACCCUCUGGCUAGACUAUCUGUCCUUCGCCAGCAGUAAGAUGUUGGCGCCGCAGCCGAAUGUUCGCGAGCUGAAGAUGUUUACGGGUCUGGUGCACCGCUGUCUGGAGACUGUGCCGAGCAGACUCACCCUGCCCUUCAGCUCCUCACAGUACUGGAGCUGCUUCAGCUUCCAUAACAAGGUCAUAUCCUUCUAUGUGGGAUGCUUCCCUCAAUCCCAACAUUCCCUUAUCCUGGAAAGACUUCAACAUAUCAUGCCAACCAAUACUGAACUGGCCAUAAGGUUGCUGCAGCAAGAAUGGCAGGAUGGCAAUGUUGAACAUUUUAAAUUGCAAAGCAGAAUGUUGUGCUGUAGCGUCCCAACCUGUCUGGCCAUCUGGAAAAUAGCUAUUGCUGUUGAGAAGGAGCAAAGGCAAAGAGCAGAGGUCCAGCGGCUGUAUCAGCAGGCGCUCCAGAAACUGCCUCUGUCUGCUGCUCUCUGGAAAGAUUGUUUGCUUUUUGAGGCUGCUGAAGGAGGUAAAACUGACACACUGAAAAAAAUAAUUGACAAGUGCCAAGAGGUGGGAGUGAGUCUAAAUGAGCCGCUAGGGUUAGAGCCCAGCCAAAGCCAGUGACACGAGCAGCACAUUCCCAGAACAAGAGUACAUGCUUCCAUUAGAGCACCAAACCUCCACAGAUAUGCAGACACGCAUCUUAGCUUAGACCUGAGUCAGUAUUAUGAGCAGAAACCCAGUGAAGACACAAUGAGCUACCCAUAAUCCAGUAUGUGGGCCUCUUUUAUCAUCAUGUACGUAAGUAUGAAUCUGUUGAUGAUGCCUGUUGCUUCCUGUUGUUUUUGAUUUGCGUGUUCUCAUUUGUACACUAACUUUUUUAAUUUGAUUUUUAUUUUUCUUUAACGUUGCGUCAUAGUUGUUGACGCACUGUGACUGUUUUUAAGGUGGCUUGCUUUCUUCUUCUAAUUAUACAUCAGUUUAUUUUGUUUCUCAUGGUGUCUCAACCGUGUCUCGUGAAGAAUGACAUUAACUCAGCUUGAGAGUUUAAGGGCUCAGCACCAAGGUGUUUUUUUUUUUCUUCUUCUUUUUUUUCUUCCCUUUUUUUCUUUUUUUUUUUUUCUUCUUCUUUUUUUUCUUCCCUUUUUUUCUUUUUUUUUUCUACUCCCUCUCCAACCAUGGAUUGAAAUGGCUGUUAUUGGAAGUAUUCUGUUUGGCUCACCAGUGUCAGAGUAUUGAUGGAAACUUCUCCAUAGACUGCCAAAUCUCGCCGACACUCAAUAUGUCUGUAGUCGUGGACUGCGCCAAAAGACAUCAUUAAACUGCUCAUGUAAUAUUGUUUCUCCACAAAUUAAAAAAAAAUCCAUGUGUGUAUGUUUUGUGUGUGUGUGUGUGUGAGAGAGUAUGCACACACGCAUGCAUGUUGAUUAACGUAUUCUGCAGGAUUGAUAAUCUGACACCUGUUUUUUCUUUCAAUUUAUAAUUGAACAAUGUUUCUAUUAAAUUAUUUUGUACAGAAA